GUUCUAAAAUCCGUUUGAUAACGCAGUUGGCUUGUAAUACAGUAUCCCAUAUAGAUUGACUCCAGUUUUUGGAAGCUAUUACCUCUCGAACACAGCAGUCUGCUAUCGAGUUCUAAGCAUGUGUGUCACACAUGUGUCCGAGUACAAGUGCGCGAGUAUGCGACCUGCCAAGUCAGAGCCUGGCUCUUUCCAUCGGAGAGAUUCCAGGACCGGCCCUUUCUCACUAACCCCUGACUUAGUCCCUCCGACGCCUUUACUCAGGACUUGUCGGCCCAGGUUGCGUUAGCUACCUUCUCUCUCCUCAGCUCUCGGAGUUCUGUUGCGGUCGCAGUAGCAGCAGCAGCUUAAAGUCGGGAGGAGUCUUCGUUUCGCCUGCACCAGCAAGCGAAAGCUGCCAACGGUAGAAAACGAAGGGCCUUUAUUUUGGAGAGGGAAUACAUGGAAACGUGAUGGUUUGCGCAGACUCGCGCAGGCCGUCGCAGGUCCUCAAUUGCAUGCUAGUAGCUACGUGUUAGCAUCCCAACGCCCAACGCUCUCUUAGAGUUUGGCUGGUCUCACUCAUCUCGAAACGGUGCGAAGUAGGCAUCGGUCGACCGCGCCAGCUGACCGCGCUGGCCUAGGCCUGCUGGCUUCGCAUCGCAGUAAGUGAGGCCUGAGCGAAGCGCUUGAGAUCCUGUUAGCACUGACUGCUACAGGAUGUCAGUAAGGCGCCGGCUUUAAGGCGCUGCCGACCCACUGAGUCAAUUCGAAGCUGAGUAGCUUUUUAACGUUCGCGCUAAUCUGUUGCUCAUCCACGCAUAUUGUUAUGUGUUCGCUAGACAGUAAAGAGAUAAAAAAAAUCGGAUGGACAAGAGAAAAGAUUGAGUGGAACCCUGCUUGAAUAUAGAAUCAUAAAGGAAAAAAGAACAGCAAAAAUAAGCAGAACCAAAAGAAGACAGGAUAAAGGAAAGAGGAAAGAAAUCGUACGUAACGGGAAGCAAGCAAGCACACCACGCGAGAAGCAAGAUCUACUAUUGCAACUGAAUACUUCGAUGAGUUUUACGUCCGGAACUGCCAUUAGGCAUCCAACAUCACAGAACUGCUAAAACUACUACUAUUUUUGCUGAUAAAUUUACGCGACAAGAGGCAAGCACCCCACUGUACCGUACUCAUAUGCCGUAACCCGUCGUAAAUCGUAAGUAACCAUAGAAUAGUCAUCAUAACGUCUUAACGCCAGAUAGGCAAAGAAUCACAAAGUGCGACAAACGGAUAGAAGAUAACAACGGUUAACAUAUAAUGAAAGGAAAAAUGGAUCUCGAAGACACAAAGAAUAGAGGCGAGCGAGAUAUAUAUAUAUAUGCGUAAAGAAACGGCCAAAAUACUGCAAGCAUGACCGCACGCUAAGACGUGCAGUGCGAAGCCUGCAUCGGUUGAACCGAGUAGUCAAAUCGAUUAUACGCGCGGUUCGUUUGGUUCAUAACAUAUACAUACUUAUAAAUAUAUCGUUACAUAUGGAUUGAAAUUUAAGAAGCUUUGAGAAGAGGCGUUGUGAGAAUUGUCUUCCUCCCGAACCAUUGUCGACAAAACUACUACUGAGCCACAAGCGCGCAGCCUAUAGCUGUUUGACGAAGACGACAUUGUACACAUUGUUAUUAAGUAUAUAUAUAUACAUAUAUAUAUAUAUAUAUAUAUAUAUAUAUAUAUAUAUAUAUAUAUAUAUAUAUAGCUGCCAUCUCGUUACUGCUGAUGGACGACGCGUCAUCCAGGGGCCGAGUGGGACGCGAGGCAAGUGUGUGUCGUGUCUGUCGAAGUGCGCGUCGAAGUGGGGUCGAGAGUCAACGAAGCCUUCGGGGACCGCAUACGCUAUACGCAGUGUGAGUUAUAUCGAUAACGCCGAUCAAGUAUUAAUAUUAAGAAGAAGCUGGGCAAAUGAAGCCCAGCGAUCGAAGUGGAAAAAAAAUGCCUUUAAAACAAGUCUCUCCACGAGAAAAAGACAACAAAAAAUGGUGCGACCAGUACUAAGCUAACUACAACUCUUCAGAAAUCAUCCGCAAAAUAUCGCCAGCCAGUCAAAUAAGCAGUAGAAUUUGCGUCGAACAGGUAAAACACAGAUAAAAAGUAUCUUAUUGAAUACGACAUUGUACUGCCUCAUCUGUAGCCUGGCAAGCAGACACGCAGCUAUAUAGUUAAAUUUCUACUUUAAAAAUCCCUAACUCAAUGACCAAUCUUUAACAAGGCGUCGGAGCAGAACAGAGGAAGAAAAUUAGUCAAAACUCACCACGAAGAUAUCUCGAGAAUAACAUGAACAACGCUGGAAAUAAACGCCGUAAAAACGUGACUCAACCUUAAACCAGAAAAUCUACCAUUAAUACUAGGAUUACCACACUCAUUAAAAGCGAUCUCUGCUUUUACUGCUGCCGAACUCGCCCAGUUUUACACCGGUCUAUUUUAUGCCCCGAUUGAUAAGGAGUUGUCGUCGAAAAGAAGCGCCGGAUUUUUUCGAACAAGUUCACUUGAAAAACAAACAGAGAGAUCAAGGCAAAAUAAAAAAAAUAUACACAAUUGAACCAUUUGUAUAUGCAGAUGCCCAAAUGUCUAUUCAACGACUUCGCGAGCUACAAUCUCAAAAAGUUGGGACGAGACGAAUAAGACAUUAACAAGUACUAGACUACGCAGCAGUAGCAAACCCGAAAGAGGAGCCAAUCCAGCCACUAAGAUUCUAUCUGCUGACAAAGCCAUUGUAAACACGAAACAAUGUAUGGGUUCACCAUUAGGCUGACUUGCAAUUUUCAUCUUCCUUGUCGAAAAAACAUAGACGCGUGAAGCAUGCAUCUCACAUUUCCGAAGUAUCAGUGCUAAGAAAUUGACAUCCUCCAAAAGUGCUAUCCAAGACGGAUCGUCGCAAUGAAUCGAUCCCGCUAAGUAAACCAUAUAUAUAUAUAUACAUCCAUAUUCCGCGUCUAGUUGAAGAGUUACGUACGAGCUGUCGGUCUAUGUUAUAAUCGUCUAAAGCACAGCUAGUCCUAGACCCGAAAGUGGGGAGUUUAAGAACGCUUCACAUCGUUACAUCGCUGCUUUUUUCGUACGCAAAGAACAAGCGCUAGUUGCCUGUAUGCACAACGCAUUGCGCGUUGCUGAUUCGCUAGAUAAUCGUCUCGUGUCUCGAGUACCUGCCUGCUUAACGGAGCCCGUUCCGCUGAUUCAGUCUGAACAGGGCUAGGCAUCAACACGCUAUUCACUGAAAGAGUCGAGUCCGUCCCUGAGCGAAGCACGUCGACUUCUAUCGAAAACCGUCUGGCUGACGGGCCUAUAUGUUCGUCAUUUUUCGUAUCGUGUCCACUGGAGUAGACCGGCAGAAUUAGUCCGUUUUGCUCUGACUAAUAAAAAUGAUCUGUUAUUAAUGAUGUUACCAUAUUACUCUCGAGCGAAGAACGAUAAUGGCCUAGUCAUUCGUACUUAGUUAAUAAUAACUGCUAAUAAGGUUACAGCACUUAUAGCUCUAUGAUAGGGAAAAAUCUCUGAAAAAUGAUUAAAUAUUGCAGAACUGAUCUUUUGCGGAGAUUUUCAAGCCGACAGAUUGAUUGACUGAGCGACAGAUAGACACCGCUACCUAAACGUCAUAGUCAUGUGAUUUGUUAUAGAUCUAUCAUUAAUAUCGGUACGACUUCCACUACCUAGCUAGUAAGUGAUUAUUCUUCUAUCAAUACACGAACGGUUCACUGGAAACUGUAACCGAGAAACUCAACACAACCCAACGUACCGGUUGUCUUCCAAACUCUUCAAACGACGCUGACACGGACAUUUUAAAGAUAAGAUUGAUUUAUCGAUUAGGCCAAGUUCCGAACGCUGACUAACCGACGUAAACGCAAACUGUUGUUUAAUCACUUAUCGAUAUUAUCACAGCUGGAACAACCGUGUUAUUCCUCUACGUUUCCUCUGUUUGUCGGACGCUAAAGUUGAAGUUGAAUAACCUAUCGGUUACGAAGCGAAUCGCAACGUAUAAAAGACAACGAGACUUAGCUGACCUUGACGAUAAUGGUAACGGCGAAGAUUGAAACGAUAAUGUUGAAACGUGUUAUCACUGCGAACUAGCGGUGGAACUUCAACCAGUCAUUCAUGUCAACAAAGUUCGUAUCGCAUAAAUAAUCGUUAUAUAGAUCAUAAUUAAACGUCGAGCACCCCCUGCCAACCACUUGACAGGGGGCGAAUACGCGCGUCGCUGACACUACACAAAAUACAUAAGCACCAUUUGCAGUGAAUUAGUCACACCUAAAUUCCUGACACCUCACGAGUCAGUCGAAGCUGUAAACAGGUCUCCGAACUGAUAACUGAAGUGUGAAAGCGAUCGACAUCGCGAGAUGGACACUUCGACCGAUCAGAGCCUCGUCGAUUAUUCCGGCCUGGUCCAUGCAAUACCCAUGCAGGAUCAGGAUCACCAAUCUUUGAAACAAGAGAGAAAAAAGGCUAAAGAUUGCACGCUGAACUUCAAAAACGGACCACAAUAAGCGGAAAUAUACUGAGAGCUGUACUAAGCGGUUCUCAUAGUUUCGAAGUUCGAAGAUACUUGAAAGAAAUAUACUAAUGAUGAAGACGCUAACAUAAAGACAAUAAUAAACCCGUCGAGAAGACGAUUACUAUAGAAGAGUGAAACCCUAUUUGCAAAAAAAAUUUCGCACCGGCCUAUAAUCAUACGUGAUUGAGGAAAUCGGAAAGAGAAACGGAAAGAUCUGACAAAAUAAAGCGUUUGGAGAACAACGAAAGCACAGAGUUUGCUAAUCGACAUGUGCCACGAUUUAUUUGGUACAAAACGCGUGAUAGCAUAGCUAUCAGCCAUGAAAGCGGUGGAUCGCCGGGCAUGCGAUUGUGCCGUGUAGGUCUUCCCAGCGACUUUGUAUGGAAAUAGAUUACACAAAAGAGACAUGUGAAGAAAAAGGAAGGGUAGAAACCGAAGUAGAUAGCGCAGUUAGCAGGCUGGCGCUGAUUUUGAAAGCGAUUCGUCACCAGUCUAAUGGUAGGAUUCGUAACUUCACUAGACUAUACUAAUAAUUACAAUCAUAUUUAUUCAUAAAUGCUCGGUGAUACAGAACGGGAAGAUUGAAAGAAGAAUUAUGCCGAAGCGGAAGUUCGAAGACACGACCGCGGGAGGCCCACUAAGUGGUCACCCUGCGCCGUUAGGAACCGGGGGUCCACUUGGAGGACAUUCACCUUACGAUACCUUUAACGAACCCGACGAAUUAGCUGUGCCGCUAGCUAUACAAACUUUUUUAUGGCGCCAAACUAGCCCUUUUAUCCGGCCGAAGGUAGGCAGGUCAUAUGACUCUUCUCAAAUGGAACAAAGAGAAGCUUGCAAGUCAUUCGAAAAAGUUCUUGUGCAAAACAUCCAAUUCGGUCUCUCGCCAAGCCUCACGGCAGCCAUCAAAGCGAUUGGGAGAUGGCGCCUAGUGAAGGCAGCAUUGCCACAUGUACUUCACUGUUGUGCGGCGCUCCUCCACGGCCGCAAGGAGGCAUGCCUCGAGAAACUCGGUUCGGCCGAGACCAAACUGCUCUAUACGCUGCAUUGGAUCGUGCUCGACGCCUGCCAGGAGUGCCAAGAGGGCCUGCCGCCAUCGCAGGUUCAACCAAAUGUUUUUCCCAUCACAGUUAUUCAGGUGUUUGUCUACCUGUUUGCCCCUCUAUUGACCUUCCUUAAACAUUCGGACUUGAUGGGGUCGUUUCGUCUUGAGAACGGUGCAAAAAUCUGGCUGCCACUGUGGCAGUACAAGCACCCAGCAGUGGAGUGCUUCACUACACCGGUACUGCCGAACCGACGGCGAGAACAGCGUGGCGGAAACCUUGGAGGUUAUUUAGGCCACCGGCGCGCACGUGGCGACGUGAUCGUCGCGCUGCCAAAGAAACGUGAGACCCGUAGAGAUGACACACACCGCGAACCCGGACAAGAUCGCGACACGGUCAACAUAACGAUUGAACCUGAUGCCGACAACCAGCAGGACAACCACGCUAGCGCCGCCAAUCAGGCUGGGCCAUGUGGCGGUGAAUCGCCGGUACCGCCUGCUGCCGCCACCGACGACUCUAAUGGCCAAGUAUGCGACAAGUGCCAUUUAGCGAAGGCAUCCGCUGAUGACGUCCCCGGUGCUCCGGUAUGUUCAUGUGCGCGCGGUGAUUUGCCGCAAUAUUGUCCACUCGACGAUCCAAACUUGGCCACGUACCUUGAUGUAUCGGUGCUGCGGUGCCUAUUCAUAUCGCAGUGGCUCGAGGAGGGCGUGUUCUGGGCCCUACGCUUCGUACAUCAACGCCUGUGCAGUAUUUUAGAGGAGUCAGCCCGCGAAGGCUUUUCCCGCCGGAGGAGUUGCUCGCUGCCCGUUGCUCAGGACGAGACUCUGACUCCAACACAUCGCAUGGCCCACUAUGCGGCCCAUUCAGGCUAUGCCCACCUGGCUGGACAUCCAGGCCUAUGUGGCAUGGCAGGCACCAUUGGCAGCGUAUCAAUGGCCAUGGGUAUGAUAGGAAUGGCUGGACCACAGACCCAUACCACGACUCUCUAUCCGUCGCCUAAACGACUAAAAAAGUCGCAAUCACCGCAUCACCCGUCGGCGUCCCAUUCGCCCCAUUAUGGCUCGAUACAAGAUUUACGAAUGAGCUCGAAUCAACAGAGUCAUGGGGUAGAAGGCAACAGAGCUUCAUCGACCCGCAAGCGUGGGACUGGUGGCUUCAAGAAAGGUUCCGAUCUGCGCUCCUUCGUAGAGGAGCACCUUCAUCUACCCGAUCACGUUUUGUACAAACUACAGCAACAUCAGCAGCAGUUGCAACAACACGAGAAACACGUUAGAGGAACUGUUCAUGACCAGCUCGAUUUAGCCAUGUCACCAGUUCUACACCGGCCGAAGUCCUCGCUAGGGUUGCGUACCGAACAGGACCUUGGGUCAAAUCCGCUGGUAACAGUCCCGUUUGGGUCGAUGAUUCGUGGAAAGAGUCUACCUUCUAUCCAUAUUGACGUAACUACGCAGUGCGAUAUGGCUACGCGAGACGAGCAAGACCGGCUCCGAGAUGAAGUGACGCUCCGACGCGAGCGCCAUAAUUCAAGCAUGGAGCAUCUUCAGAGGCCAAGUGUCGCGCCUCCGACCAUCACCGUCACGGAGCAUUCGCCAGUCUCCUCUAUGCAGUUCCUGGUCAAUCAGGAAAGCGGUGAUUCGCCGAAAGAUGACGAGUCCCAUGAGCCACUCGACGACUGUAUCAGCCGAGGAGUUGCGUUUUACCCACCCUGUCAGCAACUGGGCAUUACCCGCUCGCAAACCGAUUCUGAUAUCCUUUAUGCGCUCGAGGGGCUAGACGAAGCGUCCGGCUCGACGCACUACAUCACAGCAGAUGGACGGAUUCACCUGCAAGUUGUCCUCAAAGCCGUUCAUGCCGUCACUCUGCGAGACACUGCGUGUUCAUUACGUGUGUGUGAAGCCAUCCUUGAUAUACUUGAGCAGCUGCUGCAGAUGCACGUUUUACUUGGCCCUACCGCGCAUGGACACGGCAGUGCACAACAGGAAAAGACCAGAAAAAGCCAUGAAAGUGGAGACCCCCGCGGAAGCGGUACAGGCUGUUAUUCCGAAGAGGGAGCCGGUAGUUUAUCGUAUAAACAACAGCAUGAGCGCCGUCACCGCUCAUCGGCUUCUCGCGGAGGAAGCCAGCGGGAGAGCGAGCUGAGUGUUCAUCAUCUUUUCGCGGACGUAGUGCUCAGGGUGAUCAAACAUCUUGGUUGCCCCCAUGGUUGCGGAGAGGGACACCGACAGGGAAAUGCUGAAGAAGUUCGCGCCCGCGCCCAGGAAGUUUUAAUGAAGCUUCACGACGACAACGAGAGAGCGUUCGCGAAGUUCGUGCGAGACAUGACUGUCAACCGCGGUCUUUCCGAAAUCGUGGACAUGUACCACUCGCUGCUUGGGUUCUGCCAGAACUCGACAUCCUUACUCUCACCGACGACGCAGAUGAAGCGAAUCUCAACGUCGACUGCAGCCAGCAAUCAGGAUAGCGCUUCCGCCAGAACAGUGAGCCUACCCAAGAUAAUAACGAGUUACGGCGCAGAGAUGUUCAGCUCGUUUAGCAGUAUAUAUUCACACACCGAAGGAUUGCUUACUCCGGUCCGCCUAUCGGCGAGUUGCAGGAACAGCUUUUCUUCAGGCAUAGUCAACCUCAAAGAAGCUGCGAUGUCCCCUCGGCAAGUACAAAGCUGCCGAAAUAGCUUCUCGAGUAUAUUCCACCCUGUACAAGGUACAUCACCGGGUGCAGCCAAGUGGAAGGACCCUGUGAAUACAGAUCCCCCGAAAAGAUACGCGAACAAUUUUGGAGCCAACCCUCGCUCGAUCGAGCACGUCGUGCUCAGCUAUACGUUCAAGGCGAUGGCCACCAGACUCGCCAGGAACGCCAAAGAACUCAGGAGUCAGGAGAACAUGAGUCUAUACUGCGACCUCAGACAACUAAUCAAUUUCAUUCACGAAAAUCACGGAGGGAUUUUCCGUCGAGUCGCAUUAUCAGGGCUGUUAGAGAGCGCAGAGCGCCCUAACCAGUGUUCGGGCAAAAGCUUUAUUCCGGGAACGAGAAUAGUGCGGCACGCGUCCCGGAUCAUGGACGCCCAGGAGCAGAAGGAAUCAGAAACUUUGGCCGGCGUCAAAGUGGGAGAUACUAGUAUGAUUGUCGUCGAUGAGACCGACAAGGCUGGCCGAAAGAGCUUCUUCAAGAAGAAGUCCACGGUCAAAAAGGUUCCUAGCUCACAGAGCAAGUUCGACGAAGAACCUUCCCUUUCCGCGGGCUCCAUGGCCAGCGUGACGCCGCAACAAUCACUCAAGCUGAUGAAGACACUCGGACCCCGCCUGAGUGUCGGCCCCGAUGGUAGCGACACCCUGUCGCUCGGUGCCAAGCAGAAAAAUCCUUCCGGCUCGAAGCUGCAACUUCUAAAUUGGUUUAAAGGCGGUUCGGGCAUGACCCCAGUUCCGUCAUCAUCACAGCUCGUGCUUGACACCGACGAUGACCUAGACGGAGAUACCCUAUCGUUUAAAUUUAAAUCUAAAGGCAAGGGUGCAGUCAGUAAGAGUUCGUCCGCCGGUUUGCUUAAGGCCAAAAAACGAGUCGAGGAGCAGCUUUCGAAGCUGGGCUUCGGUCGGACCAAGAGCAAGCAUGGCGGUUUCGAGGAGGUGGCUGACUUAUCGCGACGGAAUUCGUUUGAUUUAGACAACAGCCAGGAGAGUCAGGCCGCAGCCAGUUACUUCGUUAAGGAAACCCGACUCGUCAACAUUAAGACGGUCCGAGAUGGCAUGCUUCGGUUCGCAUUUCUGCUUGAGGCCUGCAACCCUGGGACUAUACCUGACCCACCACUACUCGCCGCAGCACUAGACCUGAAAGCUCCCGUCGUUUCUCGCGCAGCGCUAUUUCUUGAGUGUGCCUACUUCGUCCGGAGAUGCAACAAAGGCCUUUGGCCCAGCUGGAUGAAACUUAAUCUACCGCUCUUCCGCGCUAGUGGCGCCAUGAGCGGCGGCGCGGGAGGACGGAGUCAACCCGCCUUACACAGGAUGCACACACUGCAGAGAGCUGCGGGCAGGAUGUUCCAUGAAUGGGCGGAAGCUAUAGGUGCCCGACUCGAAGAGCUCAUCGGGGCAGACGUGAGCCCCGGUGGACCAGGAGCGGGUACAAGUGACGCGGCAUCCACUACCACGACGAUGAUGGUCGAGAGCUGGGACCAGAUGACGUUCGACGAUGCUAGACGCCGUCAACUACGCGUCGAAGACGAUGAGGAAGACUUCCUUGACGAGGCGUCGAUCUGUAACCAGCGCUGCCCGUUCGCCCUGCAAAUGGCGGCAUGCCAACUCCUGCUGGAAAUUACAUCGUUCCUGCGAGAGACGUUCCAGUGUCUGCCGGCCAGGGGAGGUCCGUCACGGCAAUCGACCCGCGGCGAGCGCCAACCGGGAGCCCCUAUGCCGAUAGGUGGACCUCCGGCCGGCUUUCAGUCACACAAUGCUAACAGGAGAUGGUCUAUGGCUUUGAGUACGCUGGGGGUGAGCCAAACCUCGGCUCACAGUCUGAUUUCGCUCGCGGAGCAGACGCAAGCAGCCCAUCCGAUGGCUGGCGUAGGUGAGCGAAGGAUCAGUUUUGUGCUUCACGAGGCGGACGCCGAGUCUGACAACCAGUCGGACCAUAUGGCCGGCAUGGCGGCCGGGCUCCUCUCCUUUCAGCAACAGCACCUGCAUCAACAACAGCAGGGCGAGGGAGCCGCCGGGUCAGUCGCGGAUCGUCCGCCCGCUGGACCCGGUCAGGCCAGGCAGGCUAGACAGAGAGGCAGCAGACCAAGUGGCAGUGGUAUCGCUGGAUCAGUUGCAGCAGUCGCGGCUGCCAGCCACCUGCUAAGAAGGGGUCACCACCAGUCGAGUUUGAAGCGUUGUAGCCUCAAAUUGAAGAGACAAGAUCGUAAAAAUCGCCCUAGAUCAUCGACAUUUGCCGCUAGUGAUGAGGAUGCUGAGGAAAUGCUCAGACGGACGGAAAGCAUCAAGUCGCAAUCGCUGCCGCAAUCACAAAGGCAGCAACGUAAGGUCAGCGCCGUAUCGGACCGAAGCGAUACGAGCGAGCGCGCUGACAUCAGUGGAGGAGAGGAAUCGCCAGGUGUUCUAAGCGACGACCAGCCCCCGGAUAGCCCGGCAGAACAUACUCAGGCUGGUACGGGUGGUCCAGGGGCGGGAGGUGGGGGCGGUGGCACUGGACCUUCAUCGACGGUUCAUGGCUUACCAGCUUCCGGCGGCGCUGGACAUGGCGGCUUGACAUCAUCAGCCGCGCAACUCGCUUCGGGCGACAAUAACCUCUCCCAAAACCUCCCCUGGAUCAAUGCCAUCAUUGCGAUACAGAAAACACUUAAUUUCACCUGUCAGCACCAGGGAUUUUGCCAUCCGCGUUGUUACAGGCGACAACUGCGAGCUUGCAAUAGGUUAACAAAAAGUAUUAGAAAAAUAUACGGCGACGACUUUGGUCUCACAGAGUGCUCGACGGAAGACCCUUGCCCAGCAGCCGGGAUAGGGGCCGAAGGAGAACAGAGUAUGGAUGAUAAAGAACUCAAAAGCAAAGAGAAGAAGUUCAAGAAAAUUAUCACCGGGCCGAGCUCACCGCUUCGUCGUAAAACUAGCAUUCCCGGUCACCUUUACCAGACCGACAAGGGGGUAGGCGCUAUCGCAGGCAGCUCUGGCCGAAGCGCAGGUGGCGAAGAUCGCGUGCUUGAUACGCCUCACCUGAGCGGGGCCCGUUCGCUGCACAGCUCCACCACCUGUCUUGUGCACGAUCUCGAAAUGGGCGCGGAGCCGUACUUGAAGCAGUCUGGCCAGUUCGAAAAGAAAAAGAAGGAUAAGGAAGAAAAUCCAUUAUUAAAAUAUAUAAAAAAUCAAGUGGUCAACGUUUUCCUGGCACCUAUGUCGCUUCUCAUAGAGGGAGCAGUCAUUCUUAAAGAAGACCAUUUUUUUGACAUUUUACCGGUUGCCUGGGAGCUUAUACUGGAACCGGAUCAACAACUGAGUUCAAUCGCAUCAGUGGUGUUCAUCUUGUGCGCCGUCAAAUCAGCGGAGCACGCUAGCGAGCUCAUCGAGAAAGAGCUCAAGUCAGAGGACGUUAAUCAACGUAUUCGUGCGCUACUACGGAUUCAGAACCUGUGGCGGCACCGUUACCAGUGUUGGCCGCGUAUGGAGGAGAGUGCCCACGUGCUAUUCAAGGUGCCGCCACCAAACAUCGAGUUCACGUUACCGAGUCCUCGAAUUGCAAUGGACUCGGCCCCUGUAGCAGAUCCACCGUGGAUGCCGCAGGUUAAAACGAAGGUCGAAGAGGUCACCAUCAAUCAGGAGCAACGAUCAUUCGUCACUGCCACCCAGACCCGACGAAAACAACAGAUGGAGCUUAUACAACGGGCGUUACAAGCCGAAGACGAGAAACGGACGACAGAACGAGAAAACUUCUUCAUGACAUCGAUCAGUCCCACAAUGCAAGCAGCUUACGAACCGGCGUUGUACCAGCACCCGGCCGACGCCGAGCACGGCGUCGGCCCAACGGCAGCGGAGAGCGCCGCCGCCAACGAAGCCGUAAACGACCCGCACGAGCCGCAGUUGCGGGCCGAGCGACCACAUGCGUCACACCCUAUUCAGGUUGCCCAUUCACUAUACCCAUCUUGCAUGUGUUCCUCUGCCAUCACAAUCAUCAACAUGCUACAGGACGUCCAGACCAACUAUGAGGGAGUGGCCGUCUACGAGGUUGCCUUCAAAGUCAUCUGGCAAUGUCUCGUCGAGGAUACGGCGCUCUUUCUCCGCUACCUCCUGGAGCGGCUGACACGCGAGAAGCCCGACGCCAUCAUUCAGAUCCUCCGCCGGUUGAUUCGCUUUAUGCCGCGCUUGCCAACGCAAGCGGCUCACGUGAUGUACAAUUAUAUUGUUGGCUUCGUCAUGUUCUACGUACGCUCGCCGUGCGAGGGUUAUUCCGAGCUGAUUGCCGCCUCGCUAUCGGCACUCUGGCUCGUGGUGCCUUCCGUAUACGGACUCUACCUCAAAGAUCUUAAACAGGUGCUCCGCAAGGAGCAAUGCGAUUCAGCCCUGCUUAUCACAGCCAACGUCCCCAGCGCUAAGAAAAUCAUUGUGCACGGCCAAGAUGACCCGGGGGGAAUUCCGUCUCAGUUCCCUAUACACGAGGACACGCUCUUUCAGCAUAUUCUUCAGGACAGUUUGGACUUCUUUGGCAUCGAAGAGAACCAACAAAACUGCUACUUCCUUGUCGAUACCAAAACAAAUACGAUGCAUAUAAGUAGCGCUUAUAUCCGGGACCACUAUUUCUUCAAACGCAGCCAGUAUCCACAGCUCAACCUGAUCAAGAUGGAACCCGAUACCGCGCACGCAGCACUUCAGAUGCAAUACUUUCAACUGCAUUUUAUAGAGGCUAGCAAGGUAUUAAUGAGUCUGGCCGUACUUCGUAGCAAUCACCAAUUAGCUCCGCGUGUUCUCUUCCUUCACGAUGAACUCACGAAACUGCCGUCUUUCCCAAGAAAAGCGUUGGAAGCUGAUUUUAGCAUGUACACGGGUAAAUACGGAAAGCAGGUACUGGCCAUGGAUACCAUGCACAAACUGUGUUGGGUUCGGCUGAUGGCGCGUAUGUUCGAGGCGAUGUCCGGCUUCUUUGCGCAUUCUUCGGACUUGCAUCUAUUUCUAAAUGUGGUGAACGGGGCCCUUGUUUUGCACUGUGAAGAUGCCGCCAUCUUGCGCCUCUGCUGCGCCACCUUCGUCAAUGCCGCCCACCAGUUUAAGAACAUCUUUGCCACCAACGGCUACCUUCUCAUCAUGCCGACAAUGCUACAGAUCUACUCCAACCACCAGACCAACGGCCUCCUCUGUCGCACCAUAGAGUUUAUAUGCAAGCAAUUUUACAUCAUGCACCGAAAGCCGUUUGUACUGCAGAUGUUUGGUAGCGUCGCCCCGCUGUUGGACACUGACACUGCCAGCCAGUACGGAGAUGCGUCCAAGGUUCAGCCCAAAGCAUUUUUCCAGCUUCUACAGUCCCUCUCACAAUAUAUCGUUGACCCCCUUGACAUCCUGGAGCUGGUCGACGCUGAAAAGCCACUUCGCGCACUCGACUUCUGUUAUCAAAUGGAUCCUGACGCUCUGUCCAUUCUCGACGCUAUUUCGCUGUGUGUUACCGUCUGCGCCUACUCAGCGGAUACACAUCGAUCGCAUCAAAUGCUGACUAUCCUUGAGGCCAUUGUUCCAUAUUACCUGGAGCACUUGCAGUCAUUAACUACUAAGAAAGAGACCGGCGGAUCGCGGUCCGAGCUUCUUAUGAUACAUAGCAUCUCGUUAUGCAUGCGGACGCUUAUCAUGAACGCAGAGCCGUUGACACGAAACUAUUCAGGUCCGCAACGAACCAUCGACCUGCGAGGUUCGAGCAUGAAGACUGGAACGCGAAGCGCCGUAUCACCGCCAUUCGAGAUCGAGGAGGACCUUCCAUCACGAUUCAUGAACGAGGCGCUUAACUAUCGAAAGCAAGGCGGCUACUUCGAACGGGGGGACUGUGAGGAUUCUGACAUUUUGCGAAUGGAAUUCCGAAAACCGCGCGACACUCUACUUAAUGUCGUCGCCGAGUUUCUGACCAAGUGCUCGGCGCGACUUGCCGAUCUUUCUAAAAAAAUUCCCGAUUUACCCAGCAAAGCGACAGAGUUGUUAGACGUCAAAUGCCAUCUUAGACUGGCAGAGGUCGCGCAUAGCUUAUUGAAAAUGUCUCCCUAUGAUCCAGACACAAUGGCUGGAAGAGGACUAAGACGAUACCUCAACGAGGUACUACCAUUUUCCGAAUGGGCGCAAGAGUCAAUGAGACCAGCACUCAUUAUGGUUAUUCGCCGACUCGACCGGACCUUUACGAAGAUCGCCAAAAAACCAGCAAUCAGGCGGCUGGUCGAUUGGGACGCAGCGAAGAAUCUUCUCCGCGGCGUCUACCUAACACUGUACAAGCACCCGUACGUGGCACAUCUACCGCACCUCAAAUCGCUGGUCGCCGUCUGUCAGCUAAUCAUCGUCGGUGAGUCAGCCAGCGGAUCGGGCGAGUCGCAAUCCAACGUUGGCUCGUCGGCCGCUGCGCUGGCCCAAUCACCGCCGCCGGGCUUCUGUUCGGUGGCCGUCCGCCUGGUCGCAAUGCAAAUGCAGGCGCUAGGUGAAUCGUUGUCACUCGAGUCGCUCUGCGGCGGCCAGCCGUUAAUCGGAUCUCGUGAGAAGAGCGAAAUAUACCUGAUGAACUUCAUCCUGCCCUUCUGUCUUCGGGUGUCGUCCGGCGUUCGCGACGUGCCCAAGGUCCGCCAGAGCGAUAUCGUCUUCGCGCUAACUGUGGUCCUCAACGCGCUCAACCCCCUCCAGAAUAUGAGGCCGCAGCCGACGACCGGAGGCGCCGCCGGCGGACCAGGCGGAGCGGGCGGACCUGGGGGCGGCGCAGGUCACCAGGGCCAGGCCAGUGCCAAGGCCAGCUCGAUCGCAGAAGACUCAACCUCGAAUGCUAGGACUCCCUCUCACAUGCGAAGUUCGCUUUUCCGCAUUGGAUUCCUCGGACUCAAGAUCCUCAUAGUUUGCUAUGAAAGACAAUUAUCCGCUGACUGGCACCGAAUCGCGAGAUGUAUAAGAGAAUUGGGCAAUCGUCUGCUAGGAGGGUUGGCGCUAUGGAACUUUUUGGACUUUGUCGUAAGCCAUCGAACGCCAUUGUUCGUACUACUAUUUCCAUUGAUACGAUAUCGGAUUCUGCAGAAAAUCUGCGAAACCGAACAGGAAUACUAUUACCAACAGUCGAUUCGGGAAAAGCUCAAGGGUGGUCUGUCGCUACCAGGCGCACCGCCCAAGAGUCAGGGCUGUCUGUUCGUCGAACUCGUCAACGAGCUUAAACUGCUCAAGGAAGAUUUAGUCGCCUGGCGGCUCGGUGCCAAAGGUGGCGAGCCCGCCUCUGGCGACACAACCGGUGUAGUUAGCCAAUCGGUUAGUUUCAGCUCCAGGGCCCCUGGUGGUACCGCUGGGCCUUCAGGUGUUACCAGCGCUUCAACACAACCUACGCGCCAAUCUUCAUCAGGCCAACAUGCCGGCCAUGCCGGACAUGGUCAUGCGAGCUUCACCGAACUGGGACCAGAUCAGCAGAGCGUAACACGGUUGGGUUCGCCCCCUGGUUUGGCCACCCCCAGCAGAUCGGGUAGCGGUCAGCAUUUCCAUCAUUCGCCAGCGCAUAGCCAUCACAGCCAUCAUAGCCAUGCGGGCCAUUCGACACUGACGCCACCGACGUCAGGCUUACCCUCGCGUGGCAGUUCAUUAAAACUGCCCAGUGCAAAUUUGCCGACUCGAACCUUGUCAAUCCGCCUUCCUGGCCACCACGGGAGCGGCGGAGAGGCCAGCGGCAUGGGCAGGCUCGUGUCGCGCCUGAUGCACCGGCGAACGUCGUACCCGUCUGCCGAGGAGGAGGGCGGCCCGGGGGCUCGCCCAGGCCCACUGUUCCACCGGUCCGGUAUUGAAGGAGCCUCAGAGGCACUGGGGGGCGGCCCCGGUGGACAAGCUGUUGCCGGGGCCAGCUCAGAGCCGCGUCUAUUCCGCAAGUCGACGAUGCUUAUCAAAAAAGGCAGGGGAGGAAGCAAGAAGGCAAGUGCACCGAAUAGCGGCCAACAGGCAAUCGCCGGUGGUCAACCAACAACAAGCUCGGCCGCGGGGUCGCAGUCAUCUGUCGCCACCUAUCAAGAUCAGGAAACGGAUGCCGCAUCAUCGGGAGGCGAAACGAACCUUUUUUCACCAUCGACGAGUAGACCAGCCAGCCCUUCACAACAAUCUUCGCCCACGGGCGAAGGCAGCGAUCCUUCGGUCAGCUAUGCGUCCACAUCGACCUCGCAACAGCUUAACGUCAAAACCGCUUGCCGACAUCGCUUACAGCGUCAGAAGGCACAGAGUAGAAAAACGUUUAGAUUUGGCAAAUCUCGGCGCGGUUGGGGUCAAAAAGAUAAAGAAGGCGUCACGGACGAGGGAGUCGAUACAGAUCCAACAUCCGGGUCACCAUCAGAGCAUAUCCGCGAACGCCGGGAAGGCCCUCACAGUCUUGCGAGAGAAUCUCAACCCCAUCAGCAGCAAAAGGGUACUUCACACUCCCACGGCCCCGCCGGCCAUGUCUCCACAGAGGCGUCUUCUGGUGCUGACACUUCUGGCGUAGCUAUUAUCGCCACGUCAAUCCCCUCUGCUACGCUAAUCACCGAACAAGGAGGAUCAGGACAUUAUGGCCAGCACAAGGAUUCGCACAGCCAUCAUCAAGUGCGAUUUCAGAAAAAGCCUCUCGGAGUGCGUCGCCAGUCCUCGCCGCAGAUCGGGCCCAAACCGCUGAGAAGCAGUCUGAGGAAGUGCGAUUCUCAGCCCCACAGCCACAGUACGGAUCGGGAGUCCGAUGCAGAAGACAAAGAUAAGACGGACUCCCCACCGGCAACAGUACCCUAAGAAAUAAGGAUACAUGUCAAAGAUUAGAUAACAUACAGAAUACUCAUUGAAGUAAUAUUUCAAGUUCUACUCCCAAUUCUUAUACUACUGCUAAUACUGCUAGUACCGUUGAUCUUCGUAGCUGUGCCAAAAUCAAUACGUGUUAAAUAGCGCAAUACAGAUUUUUACAUUGAAGAUGGCUCCAGCUAUAUUGAUCUCCUCCUAUUAUCAAACAUGCGCAAUAGACAGAAAGCAAAAAACAAGGUGUAUACUACGUACCAAUGCAGGCAUAUGCAUGUCUAGAUAAACACGAUCUAUACACAUAAUACUAGUAAUACUAACACUAAUGAUGAAAGCCGAUGUAAAUCACCAAAACAUAGGAAGAGACAUAAGCUACAAAUAGGUAAUAUAAGCUGAAUCGAAGAAAAGAAAGGAAAUCUUUGCCAGGCUAUUUUGCUCUGAGAAAUUGUCGUUGUGGUAAAUGGAGCACUGUGAACGUCUGGCAAAGAUACCUGACCAAACUCUCUGUAGCCACUAUUAGUGAUGUAUUAUGAAUCAUGUCUCUUACGCUGCGACGACCAGUUAUUAUGUAAGGUAGAAAUCAAAAUGUGCAUUAAACCAUAAUACGGGCCGUUGCCGACCAGAAGUGCAACUCGCUGAAAAUAGCUCUUGUUUGAGUCAAUUAUAUCUAAUCUAUACCACAACACACGAAACAUCGAAAUACACUGAAAGACAUACAGACCAACGAAGAAUACAGAACGUUAAAAGAAAAACAUAUUCUCAAGUAAUUAGUAGACGGCUGAGACCGACUAAACCCUAGUUACAAACCUACGGUGCGACAAGUGCAAUCGAUAGAACCUAGAAGCUCCCAGUGAAUAGUAAAUAACUAUUAAUAAAUAAAUACAGCAUUAGUGCUGAGGUGGCAAGCGGGAUAAGAGACAGCGCCCUCGAAGACUACCACAGUUUUUUGCACCGCAGCACUUCAUUGUAGCCAUUUCGCCACGGUUACACUGCGCCCCAUAUUAGUAAGCAGUGGAGCUAGAAGCAAAGCGCGCGACGCACAAAAGAUAAAAAAUGAAAAUACCUAAUUUGAAAUAUAAUGAACAUUACAACAAUUAAAAUCAAAAGACAGAAAUCUAUGCAAAUGAUAAACAAAAUACAAAGCACCUGAGGUAUUGCGCAACUGAGCAGGCCCCACACGCGACAAGAAUCCUCAUUACCCCUUGCCCUUUCCCUGUAUUUCAAUACAUAGAAUGGCGAUCUCAGAAACCACAAAGCUUAUAUAAAAACGAAUUAAUCGUUUUUUGCCAACAAAAAUUCGUAUUUGCACAAUCGCAGUGCAGCAAAUUCUUGAAAAUCCCGGAAUCAAAACUUGACUUGUUAGAAAAAGCAGAAGAUUUUUUUCUACUUUCUGUAUAAUAUAAAUAUUUAUUUGAGUACUCGAUGAACUAAUAUAUUUAUGGGUCACUGGUUAUAUCUAAGGGGCAAUAAUCAACUGUAGAGUAUGAUAUGUUUUCUAAUUGUUGCCAAAACCUAUCUCUAUGUUAUAACCACAAAAAUUAAUCACAGUAUUGGCUAGCGAAGAUGAAUCGACAAACCUAAUCGUUACGAUUGAUAACGGCGUUUAUGAGCAUAAAGUCAAUAGAGAUUAUUGCUUUUUUAAAAAAAAUUUUAAUGAGACAUUAGGUAACAUACAGACACACAUGUCUCGCAAGUUCUCACGUGCGGGUCAGUAGGUUUUUGUAUUUCAAUGCAGAGAACUCAGCGCUCAUACAUCAUCGAGUGUACAACCAAAAGCGAAGUUUUUUUUUCUAUAAAAAAGAAGUGCUUUAGCGUUGCGCUUGCAAUUUGUCUUGUCACCAAAGCACGAGCGCCCGUAGAGAAUUAUAUACUUCUUACUGCGACACCCGACGCAGCACUUAGCUACUUCUUCAACGAAAACGCAAAUUUAAGUUAAAGGCUGUCACCAAAACAGAUAUAAAAUCUCCUGGGCGAGAUCUAGCGGAAGGAUAAGACCACGUAGACCACGCUACACUUCAACAGUUACAACGAGACUUCAGUCAUGGACAAUAAUACCAACAGCAAUCAGUAGACAGUGCUAAAACAAUGUUAAAUGUACACUGUACGAAAUGACUUUCACAAAUGUUGCGCCAUUUUGGGGGUAGUUUCUUCGUGUGCGCCAUCAUACGACAGCACUCUCAUAAUACCCAAACCGCAAGCAUCAAUCACACGAAUUCACUCGUUUAUUUAAAUCACCUAUCACUAGUUUCGCCUUUACCCUGCCUGCUCUUUUCUCGAUCCACACCCCUUUGUCCUUUGCUGCGGCGAUGACCGGAGCAGAAAACUGUGGUUUUCAUAUCGCCACGAACUGAUGAUAGCAUCAGAGGAGUUCGAAACUAUCUGAGGCGAUCUAAAGCAAGAACGUUUUAAGGCCCACGAGGCUAAACAUCAACUUCAGCACCAGCCAUCAUACACCGAGAUGAGACUACCGACUUGGCCAACAACACCUUUUAAGGUAAAAGAAAAGAGAGGCAGAAAGCAUAGUAAAAAAAGGACGAAAGCAAUUUUUAAGCCAAUCCCAACACGGAUUGUUGCUCGUAACGCAUUUGUAGUGAGAAAUUUGAGGACGCCUGCCAGAGCAGUACGAUAGACCGGACGACAGAUGUUGAAACAGCCUUGACUUUGUAGCGCCUGAAUUUUUCAACAACAAUAAUGUACGCCAAAUAAAAACAAAUGGCUAACUAAAAAAACAAAAAAAAAGUAAAUCAAAAGGUUUGCAUAUGACUAAAUCAUGAUAACCGUAAUAGCCAAGAGAGCCACUCUUUGAUGCCAGCGAAUACCGCAGUUCACCUUGUAAGGACAUCUAGCCGAAAGUUGACUAGCCAACUAUCAAAACCGAGUCAAACGAGAGACAAAAAACCGAUACCAUAACCAGCAUAACAUCUACAAAAUCGUAAUGUAUGCCAAGCACAAGGACGACCACUAUUACUGUUAAUAAUCAUAAUGAUAAUACGGUCGACACCAGCAGAGACAAAAUACAUUACCAUCUACAACAAAACAAGAUGUCGCCACAACAGCGACACUUACGCGAUUUCUGCACACAACCGCGCUCAUCUCUGAUACUACGGCGGUAUCUAGAAGCACUAAGUUAAUCACUCCUGCAGAACUGCCUUAGCGCACGACUACUCCUCAAAAUCAGUGCGUUACCUUCAUAGGGUACGUCAACAAUGAACGAGUGUAAAAAAGUACCCUCAACGAUCUAGCCCUAACGAUCCGCGGUUUCCAGCUAAUGUCCCGUGUGUAUUCAAGGUAAGACUGAAAUAGGUUGUUCAGAAACUAUGAUGUAUUUGUCACGUGUAAAGUGUUUAAGCAACAACGAAAAAUAAGAAAUUCAAAAAUUAGAAUUGACGAUACCGCCGUUUAUCUUUUUAUUGUAGCUACUAGUGACACCAUUGAUAUCAUUCUACAAUAAAUACACACCUAUGAGCCUACCUAUAUUGAAUAGACACAUACGAGUCAUUUCAUACGGCAAACCACUCAUCAUAUUAUCAAUGACUAUUUUGACAAGCAAAUGAUUGCUUUCGUAGAGGCUGAGAGUCAGGAUUUUUCAACACAUUAUAUAUAUAUAUAUAUAUAUAUAUAUAUCCAAUUCAUCCGGCAAUGAUAACGUAUUUCAUAUCUGUCUAUACCAAUUAUUUGUACUGAGAGGGACACAAUGGCAAUAUAGUUGUCACAUCUAGGAAGCGAGUGUAGAAAGAGGUGUUUGAAUCAACACCAAAUUACCAUAGAAUUUACAACUGCUUUAUUUGUGGGUUUUGCGCCAGAGUAAACUAGUAAAUAUAAAUUUGUAGACGAGCGAGAAAGUCAGGGAACUGUCCAGUCAAAAAGUUGAGCACGACGAUGAUAACGAUGAUAGCGCCACCAUUUCAUCGUUAACAACUAAUGCUACAACCAGACUAUUGAUAUCAAAACAAAACUACGGUCUACACACACAUAUAUAUUUGACAUAAAAACACCUGGGCAUGUAAUUGUUGUUGCUUCGAUCUACUUCCGAUCAACCGACUUCCGCUAGUAUCACGUCGCCUAACACAGAAAGAACACAGAGGGAACACUUUUGAAUCAUCCCCACUAAUAAUCAAACAGUAACAUCUCGUUGUAGUAGCGAGCAGAUCAGAACAUCAAAGACGGGGUCUUUUUUCAAUAAUGCAGCCUCUAUAAGACACCAGAAUUUGCAGCGUUAUUAUUGUCGUUAAAGUUACAAAUUGAUUGAUUGAUUGAUUGAUAAACUACUGUAUCAAUAAUGUGAUUCAAAAAUCGGCCACAAAAAUUUACUGUCCUGCAGAAAUUGCAACGAAAGACAUCUAAUUCGUCAUGCCAUGCUAUCCAAUGCUAUAAAAGCCGGUGGACGCCAGCUAUCUAUAAAAGCUAUGUACACUACUGUGUUACGUGUAAACAAAAUGUGAGCAUACGCGUGCUCGCCACUAGCACAA